GCGCUGGGCGCGGGCGGCGGCGCGGCGCCCUUCGGACAGCCGGCGGCCCCCUUUUGCCUGCCCUUCUACUUCAUCUCCCCCUCGGCCGCCGCCGCCUACGUGCAGCCCUUCCUGGAUAAGGGCGGCCUGGAGAAGUACCUCUAUCCCGCCGCCCCCAUCCCGCUGCUCUACCCCGGCAUCCCGGCGCAGGCGGCCGCCGCCGCCGCCGCGGCCGCCGCGGCCGCCGCCUCCUUCCCCUGCCUGUCGUCCGUGCUCGGCCCCGCCGAAAAGGCGGCCGGGUUGUCCCCGGCGCCCCACCUGCCGCCCCCCUUCGCCGCCGCCGCCGCGGUGCCCGCCGCCGAGCCCGGCGAGGAAGCGGAGCCCGCGACCGCCGAAGAGCCCGGCACCGAA